CGUGCUUCCCAGUUUGGAAAGACCAUCCACUCAGAUGGCCUGACCUUGGCCCCGCAGGCUAGCAACGCUCUACCCCUCAUACUACCCAUCAUACAUACCAACGUUCUGACGUCCGCGAUGAAUUCAACGUGGCUGGUGUUGUUCCCGGUGGUGGUGCUUCUGCUGACGACAGCGUCCGCUCACGUGCACCCCAACGCCUCUGAAGCCUCAAAGCACUCUGCUGCGGCCGCCGACGAGUCGGCCAAUGGCACCAUUGGGUCAGAGGGGAUUUCGGCCAGCAUCCUCUCAUUCGCCAAAUCCGCCGCCAGCUUCGUGCCCUUCCCCUUCCCCCUCUCGUCGCUGGUUGCACUGCGCCACAUCCCCAACACGCAGGGCGCCCUCCGCCACGAGCUGCGCCAGAUCAUCCCACUGAGAUUCCGCAUUGAAUUCGGCAAGGCCGGCCAGGGUGGCCAGCAGGGGAGCAGUCCGGGUGGCGAGGUGGGUGGCUCAUCGCGGCAGGUGCCCGGCGCCCCUUCGCUGCAGCUGCCAUCUCCGUCGGCCCAGCCGACGGCUGCGGCGAGCGCCUCUGAGAAGCGGUAUGAGGAGCGAGAGGCGAGUUUGUUUGAGUUUGACUGGCUGGUGGUGACGGGGUGCACUGUGAUGACGGCCCUGAUCUUCCUGCUGCUGUCGUACGGACACUGCAGCAGAUGGACGCUACCCGAAAUGCAAAAGUGUGACAUAAGGUGAGUCAGUUUUAAGGAGGAGAGAUGUGAUGUGAUGUGCAACGAACGGGGAGACAGACCAUUGGACUCACUCCGCUGUUCUUGUGUGUGUGUGUGUGUCAGGGUAUUGUUUUACCUGUUGCUAUUCUCCGUCAUAUCCUAUGUCAAGUGCCUCACCAACCAGAAGCGCCUCUGGCUACUCGCAAGUAUGGGCACAUGUGCUGGCUGCAUACGACACGCUUAUUUGGAGUGCUCUCUCUCUCUCUCUCCCUCUCUGUGUGUGUGUGUGUGUGUGUCAGUUCGCUCCUUCUACGAGGCGUACGUGCUGUAUCUGCUGUUCUACGUCAUGCCCGUCCUCUUCAUGGGCGGCGAGACCAACACCAUGACCAAACUGCACAUACGACACAAACUAAGAGACCCACGGACGUACCCAAUCGCACACACACUGUCACACACACACACACACAGAUGCGUCUGUCCGAUCGGUACCCUACCUUGGAUGCAGCUAUGUGCUGACGACCAAGCUGAUGUUCAUGUUUCUCAUGGCGUUCGGUCCGGCGGUCAAUCUCAUACACUAUGCCGUGCAGCAGCGGCGGGGCGGCGAGGCCCUGUGGGUGGAGGAGGCCCUUCUCAUACUCGACAUACUCGUCAUGAUCGCCGUCCUCGUCAACGCACUACAGGUCACCUGGCGUCUCAGAGAGAGAGGGAGUGGACAGGCGCAUGACAAUGGUUCGUUUGGUGACUCAUUCUGACUGCAGUUUUGGUUCAAGAUAUCGCGGGAGUGCCGAUCUCUUCGACUCCAAACAAAGAAGUCAGUCACCACUGACAGUGGAGUAGAACCGACCAGCAAGCAGAGAGGGCUGUCAUCCAUCCAUUCGUUUGUGUGUAUGUGGCUGGGCUGGCUCCAGGGCGUUGGUCGUGCCGCUGGUUGUGCUGGGCAGCUUUCAGGACCUCAUCUGCGAGGCGGCCUGGGGAGAUGCCGAGAAAGGACUGGUAAGGUCGGCGAGGCUUUCUUUCGACAGAUAUAGGGAGGGAGAGAAACAGACAGACGGGAGGGUGACUGCAUACCAUCCACGUCUCUCACCGCGCUUUUCUGCCUGUGGAUCGGGUCAGCGUUUCUCUGGAGCCUUGUUUGUCUUCGAGAUAACCGCCAUCAGCUUCGUCGCCCUCACAGACUACAGGCACCCACCCCACCCCACCCAACACACACACAGAUGGACGGACACAUAGCAUUUCUCGUGUGUGGGUUAAUUCAUGUGUCUCCUGCUGCCUUCUUAUGUCUCUUAGCGCCGAUCGUGACAUCCUGGUCGACGCCUUGCCGCCACAGGAGCUGUCGAUGCUGCAGAGGAUCGGGCAGGUCCUUUGCAUCUGGGAUGUGUUCCGCCGGCUCGAGAUGGACCACCAGCGGUUCGUCGAGAUCCGGACGGCACUCCAGCGCACACAGGCACCUUUCAAGGCACUGCUCCUGCCGUCCAGCACGCAGCACUUCCACUACCAGCAGCAACACACACACAAUGCCUAUGCGGCGCCGCACACACAGGUACGCAGCACCAAGGUGGCAUGGCAUGGUGCGGCCUGCACUUUGGCGUGUGUGUGUGUGUGUGUGUUCUGUGCUGUUGUCUGUCAGUACGGGUCUGCUGAGGGCGAAUAAGACAGACACACUCCGAUGUAUGUAUAUCGCUGUUCGGUGUACAUGGCUGGUUUGCUGGUCGAUGUAUGUGGUUGGACCUGUUAUCGUAAUGGUCAGCUGACAGUGAAAGCAAUGCCCGU